ACAACUGUAAACACGACCAGUGGAGCACAAGAUCCUCAUUGUCUCGGACAUAUGUAAGAAGUUUGGAUUCAUUCUUAAACCUGCGCAAUGGUUCAAGGAAUUACAGAAAUAGCCGCAAUGUGUGUUGGCUUUGUCGGGCUGAUCGGGGCGGCGGCGACAACAGGGAUGCCAAUGUGGAAGGUGACGGCUUUCAUUGAGGAGAACAUAAUAGUAAUGGAGACUCGAUGGGAGGGUUUAUGGAUGAACUGUUAUCGACAGGCCAACAUCAGGAUGCAGUGUAAGGUCUACGACUCCCUGCUUUUUCUGCCUCCGGAGCUACAGGCCGCCAGAGGCCUCAUGUGCUGCUCUCUUGCUUUGUCCGGACUGGGGCUUCUAGUGGGCCUGGCAGGUAUGAGAUGCAUCUCCUGCUUCCGGGGUAAUGACUGGGCUAAGACCAUUAUCCUGAUGGUUGCCGGUGGUAUGCAGUUCAUGGCCUGUAUCUGCGUCUUUAUCCCCGUUUCAUGGACAGGCCAUGUCAUCAUCAGGGAUUUCUACAACCCUUUGCUGAUCGAUGCCCAGAGGAGGGAGCUGGGAGAGGCGCUGUACAUUGGCUGGGUGACCGGUGCUUUCCUUUUUGCCUCUGCGCUGUUAUUUCUCUGUCGUCGUAUGCCUUCAGACAAAGGUUCGUUCGACGUGUACCACCCUGGAAACCUGUUCGGUUACAAACCAGCAUCAAACAAACCAACACUGACCAGGUUCCAUCCCAUUUCAAGUCUCUCCAGCCUUGGACCGAAUCCACAACGACGUUCUCUACCGAACAGCGUUUCUAUGGGACAACAACUGGCAAUAGCUCCGCAAAACAUCACCCAAGUAGUUGCAAGUGAUGGCUCACUAAUCAACACCCCUGUUGUUUAUAACCCAGGUCUGCCUGAAAAUGUGUCAUUGUUAUACCAAGGUAACCUGGUGCAUCAAUCUUCAAUGCGGAGCUCUAACCACACUGGAGGAAUAUACACGCCAGGGAACUCUCUGUACAUAAGCCACAAUUCAAUGCCGUAUUCAAUGAUGUCUACAGGCAAUCCCACAAUGUCCUACCAAUCCGGUUUCCAUCCAGUUCCACAAACUCCUAUUUUCAUUGGAUAUAAAACAUCAAGAAUUGAACAAGGCUCUACUCCUAGUGUGAGCAGUGCUGGUGUAUACAUAUGAGGAAAAAUCAAAGUGGGCUCUUUGUUACUGAUUAAUCUUUUCACGCAAUACUUGUAUUUGCCUGUUAGGGAACUAAAACUGCUGUAUCACAGUAACAAGCUGAAGGGAAAAAAUUGUAUCUUUUCUUGAAUUAAGUAGAAGCCCAUAUUUUUAUAGCAAUUGUAUUGUCCAUAAACAAUUCUGCAGUCAGGUUAAACAGACCUACUCUUGUUUUUAGUAUCAACAAGGUUUAAAGUGUGUUGUUUUCCAAGAGCUCUGGUGUGGAGCUGCUUUUAAAAGACAUUUAUGACAAAUUAAAAAAAAAAAAAUAAUAAUAAUCACAGCUAAAUGUUUUGUUUUUCUCAGUACGUUGAUUGCUAUCUUUUAUUUAAUUGUGACUGUUACUCUAACAGAGGAUAAUUAUGUUGCAGUGUGUUCUGUUUUUAAUCUCUACCUAUUAAGAUGACUGAAAAUGCUUAAAUAGGAUCCACAUCAGAGUGGUCAUUAGCCCUAUAAUAACAAAUGAAUAACUCACUAAUCAUAACUUACUUACUCAACAAAUGCAUUUUAUAUCACUAGUUAUAAUAAUUAGACUAACUGGGAAACAUAUAUUAUGUUAAAUUUUCCCAAUAGAUGAUUUCUGCUGAGAUAUUACAAAAAAUAAACACAUCAGAUGAAACAAAGUAUGUCUGAGUUAUAGUAUCGAAAAGGCGUAUGUGUUAUUAAUUUGCUAAGUGGUACAGUGCACCUCAGAUUUAAUUUCUUGGUGUGGUAACUGAAAUUGACCUACUUUAAUGUAAAAAUGGCCUUAUCUCGCAUGACUUUCGACAAGACAAGGUUGAGUAAAAGUGAACUAGCCUAAGCCUUGUGUGGUGCUCAGAUUUUUGUUAUUCUGUCACUGUUCGUGGGUGUGGUGGACCCCCUUUCAUGUUAAAAUACUCAACAGAUGUUUACUUCAUCCUAAUUAUAAGCAACAUAAAAAGAAUAUAUGUUUAAUA